AUGACGUCUUCUAGAAAAGUGCUCCAUGCUCUUCUAAUUCUCUCAUUUUCCAAUUUGGCGGCUUCCAAAACCAAGUGCCUUAUGGCCACCGGAGUUUUAAAGUGUCCCACUGAUCCACAUGCUGUCAAAAAGGUCCAUAUUGAUCUUUGGGAUGAGGAUUCCCUUCCCCUGGAAUCCGAUGACCUAAUGGGUCGAACCUGGAGUGAUAUCCAUGGGAAUUUCCGAGUAACUGGAUGUGCAAGUGAUUUUGGUCCCAUUAACACCCCCGACCCAUAUAUUUAUAUCCAACACGAUUGCCCACAUCGAGACACAAAUGCAACGGAUCCGAUUCAGAUCGACGUCAUCCCACUGUUCCUUCCAUCAAUCGUCAAUUUGGGUAAUAUCUAUCUGGAUCGAUACAUCGACGACUAA